AUGGCUUACAACCGAGAAUGGGACAGGGGCAAAGAUACCUGGGACGACAGCUACGGCUGGUCGGAUAAUAGAGGAAAUGUAAGAGAGCGAGAAGAAGAGUAUUAUGGGGACGGGAAGAGACGCAAAUUCAACAAUGGGGCUUACGAUAAUUCUCAUGGAUACGACGGAGCUGGAUAUGAAAAUUCCUACAAUCGACAUCAGCAGCAUCAAGACUGGUCGCAGGAUUAUGGACAUGACGAUCAUUCACGGGGAGGUGCAGGCGGGUUUGCUAAGAAGCGUCUCGUACCCUCUGAACCGAGUCCUCAUGUCAUCUUCCUUGGUUUGGAUCCUGACUUCACAGAGGCCGAUUUCGCUUCCUACCCAGCUUCAGGCAUACCUCGUUUCAAAUGGCUGCAGCGUGGAGACGGUGACAAUUAUUCGAGAGAGAUCAUCAGGCACUUCACCUUUGUAUUUGCUCCUGCACAUGCAUUAACGUACUUCGCCGUUGGAUUUUUAAAAGGUACAUCGAAAGGCUUCGGCUUCGCGCAAUUCACAACCGUCGAACAUGCUCGCGCUUUUGUGGACCCUCUUUUCCCCUUCAUCCAAAUGCCGCCACCCGCAUCUCAUGGAGCAUCUGCAACAGCCGCUUUCUACAAGGCGCUUGAAACCGGUGCUCCUCAUAACGGCCGAAGAGUGAAAAUCGAUUAUUCGCAAAGCGCUAUGCCACACGACAAAGGUCGCAUGAACAGAGGGAACAUGAACGAUGGCACACGUGAUAUUGGCAAUGCUCAGAGUCCUGUCCUCCUUUUCCGCGGGCUGGACCCUCUUUCUGGACCGCAAGCCAUAUACCAGGCCAUGCUCUCCUCUGCGGGACCUGGAAAAGAGGGGGCAAAAGGAAUGAGACGGAUAAUUCUCAUUAAAGACAAAGUCACUAUGGCCAGUUUUGGCUUCGCAUUUGUCGAAUUUGUGGAUAUCACAUCUGCCUCAAACGUCCUCGCGGCAACAAUGUCCGCCCAGUUACAUCCCUCCGGCUUUCGCAUAUCUGAUCGUCCGGUGGCCGCAUCUUUUGCGCACCCUUAUUCUUUCCAACCAGUGACCGACUUCCUCCAAAGAGAUGAAGCCUGUCUUACCUCGACCAACAGUCUUGGAGGAAUGGAAGGUACAUGGGUUAGAUAUUGGGAUGAAUCAUCCACAGUCGCGGUGCUUGAGUUCAAAGUAGAGGAACCUCCUCAGCAACCUUCUCAGUCAAAGGACAAGAAAGAGAAGAAGAAAAGCAAAGUUGACACAGAUCAUGCAAAAGCAACAGCGGCUGCUCCUUCCGCUCUUCCAAUAUCGGACAAACCUGUUACGUUGAGUUUCAGCAAAGGCCCAGUCAAGCUGAAUUCAGCUACAGGUUCUUCCAAAAUUCCUGUUCUAGGGUUUUCGUUGGACGAUUCCAAUACCGUUGACGACACGUCUGAUGAACCUCCUUCUGAACCGAGCAAACCUCUUGUUGUGAAGAAAGUGGCCCCUCUCAUUGCAAGCAAGAAAACUGCCAAUAACAUCAAUAAAUGGAAUCAGGUUCAAGAGGAACUUGCACAUGACCUUCCCACACAGGCAGCUCCUGUUGUAAAGCCUGUUGUUUCGUCUUCUGCUGGUCCGUCGACUAUGAAGCCUGCGGUAAACGUUGCUGCACCGAAAGCGACCACACCGCCGAUCGGAGAAGUCGAAUUCGAAUUUUCGGAUGUCGCUUCUCUCACUUGUUUACUUUGCGCGCGGCAAUUCAAGACCAUUGAACAACUAAAACGACACAACAAAGAAUCUGACCUGCACAAGGCUAACUUCAAAGACUCCAAUUUGCGGGACAUUGCUCGACAGAAAGUUGCUAGCAGGAAGAAAGAGAAAGAAUCAACACCUGAGCAACCAAAAUAUCGAGAUCGGGCUUCCGAACGCAGGACACUCUUUCAUCAGCCAGAUGCGCCUGUACUUGAGAAAGAAAUCAAGAAGAAGGAUACAUUAUCACGAGCACCGACUCCACCUCCUGCGCCUCCCACCAAUCCGGGGAAAGAUGAGAGCAAUGUCGGUAACAAGUUGUUGAAAAUGAUGGGGUGGAAAGAGGGCACUGGGCUCGGGUCUGAAGGGGAUGGCCGUGUUAAUCCUAUUGAAACCUCGGUAUACACCCCGGGAGUCGGUUUAGGUGCCAGCAAAGGAAAAGAUAUAGGCAAGUACACUGAAGGGUUUACCAGCUACGUACACAUGGCCCAAGACUCGUCUGGCAAAGCGAACAAGAAUGAUUGA